CAUCACGAGUUGACAUAUUAUAAAUCGCUGGUCGACUCUUGCAAACAGGCUCUCCUCCAAUGCCAACAGCAGCCGACCUCCGGGUCGGGUGUAGUGCCCGCCGUUGACCGGCCGUACCCGACAUCCACGCACUACACGUUUGACUGGUACACAACAGUGUCCCUCCCCUACAGUUCCCGCCUUAACGAGAAAAUAAUCCUAUCAUAUAUGCCGAGCGGUCACUCCCGGAGUUGGAACGACCUGUUUAUGGGUGUAUUCAAGAAGAAGUUCCGCAACUGUGACGUCAACAGUCUUCAGGACGUAUACCAGAUCGCGGAGCGGUGUUGCGGGCCCUCCAACUCCAUAACGCCUGUACUCGUGGGCAACGAUAGCGGAGACAUAGAGUUCCCGCUCCUCGACUGGAACGAGAAGUUCUCUCAUAUCAACAAUUUGGACGCCUCUAUACUCACGGCUAACAAUCACUUCGAGAUCAGUAACGAAGUGCCCGGACUCGUGCUCUGUCGCCGU